CUGUAGCACUUUAAGCUUUGAUGGUAAGGCCAUGAAAUAAUAAAUAUAAUAUUAAUAUUGAAUAUUGAAUAUUGAAUAAAGAGAGUUGCGGGUGCAUUUUUUAAUUUUGGUAGAAUUGAAGGAUUGAAUAAAAAGCAAUCGGUUUGGUUAAUGAGGAGGGAGGAUCGUGGUUGAUGAAGGUAAAAGCAUUAGUUUGGCGAUUGCGAUUGCGAUUGAAGCAGCAUGAGCAGAACAAUGAGGAGCCUCAACUCCCUUCUUGGAGGAGGAGUGGAGGAGGAGGAGGAAGAAGAAAGUGAUGGGCGAUGUGGCUUAUCAUAUCAGGAGAGGAUUUAUGGAUUCGCAGCAUGCUUGGCAGGUGGCCUGCUCUGUACACUCUUGUCAUUACUCCUAAUCUUCAGACCUAUUAAGUUUGCAGUCACAUUCACAUUCGGCAAUCUUCUUUCACUAGCAAGCACAGCCUUUCUUGUAGGGCCCAUGCGGCAGGUGAACAUGAUGUUUGAUCCUGCACGGAUUGUGGCAUCUAUUAUAUUUAUUGGUAGCAUUGUUAUUGCUCUAGUUUGUGCACUUUAUAUUCAUAAUAGGCUUCUAACACUUCUAGCAAUUAUCAUCGAAUUUUGUGCACUUAUCUGGUAUAGCUUGAGCUAUAUUCCUUUUGCACGAGCAACAGCUAGAAAAUGCAUGGGCACUUGUUUUGAAGUAGAGUUUUAGACUAUGAUUAUCUAAUUAGUGUUAAAGUUGUUCCAGUAAAGUAAGCUUUGACAUCUACAAGCAUCGGGGUUUCGAAGAGAGUUGUACCUGUGGGCAAAACAAAAAUUGUGUAUCAUUUUUACUCAUCAUCUCAAUGAUGGGUCAUGGAGUGUGAUUCAGAAUGUUGUUGAAAAAUAGAAGUGUUUUUUCCACAAGUGUUUUGCUCUUUUGAGUUUUAUUUAUUGGGAUUGAUUAUGCUUAAGCAACUCAUGCUUUUAAUGUGUUUAAGGAGAAAAUGUAAAUAAAAACGCAUUGUUCAUAUUUAUUUAAAAGAUUUCAUACCA